AGAUGGCACAGUUGAUCACUGUAUACGUUAUCUUAUGACUGCAAAGUGUAAAUAAUCUUAUAGUACGCGAGCUGUUGCGCAUAAAGACGUAAUCAAAUGCUAGUUCAUAUUAAAUGGUUUCGUACAGGAGAAUAUUUUUCACAAUCAUAAACACUUAUCCAUGAAUUAAUAAUAGCGUUAGGCGUAAAUUCUGCCACAUAACCUCAUUUCUGAGGAUUAGAUUCACAAUAUAAGUCAGAAUGAAUAACACUAUCACAGAUAGUCCAGGCUCCAAAGCCUUGGAGGCUGCCAAGAACAUCAAGGACCUGGCUAUAUUUAAAAAGCCUAUCGGAUCUGCAAAAAAGAAGAAGUGUACUCAACCAAAAAUCCUGGAUGAAGAUAUGUACAUUGAGAAAAUGGGUGAAAUUAUACAGAGGGAUUUUUUUCCACACUUGGAAAGAUUACAGGCACAGAAUCAAUACUUAGAUGCCCUGGAGCAGAACGAUGUGAAAAGAAUGAGAGAAUUGUAUGCAAAGUAUAGCUCUGGCCGACCUGUUACAGAAAGACCAGUUAGCCCAGCAACUUUUGAGACUCCUCAACGUAGAGUUGAAGUGGAUGAAGUACCACAUACUCCCGAAGUAGCUGCUGAAGAAGUAUCAAUAGAACCUGUGAAGCAGGACGAUAAAAUAGAAAAUAAGACUGGUUUGGAUGAUUAUUUAAGUACUCACACAAGUGAAGAUAAUGCUAGUUUUGAGGAGAUGAUGGUUGAAGCAGAAAACAAACGUAGACUAAAGCAUGCUUGGCUCUAUGAGGCAGAAGAGAAGUCAAAGGCAUGGCUUGCUAUUAACAAUACAACUGAUCCCUUAGCUAUUGAAGGACCAAAUUCUAGACCGAAGCAAGUGGACAGUUGGGCUUACAGGAAUAAGAAUUACAUUAUGUAUAUUCCUGAUGGAGUGGAGCCUACAGCUGAGGAGAAAAUAGAGUUAGCUAAGAAGAAACAGGUGGUGAUGCACGAAAACACGAGAUUAAAAACAAAUCCCUUCAAUGAACAACAAAAUAAGGAAACCAUCAACGAAUUGGCAAAGUCCCAGUCCAAGGCUAAUGAUGGCAAAAUCGGUGUAGAUGGUAAAGAAGUCGUUAGAAAUGCAACGCCGCAAGUGAACGGUUACAGUUUCGUAGCGACACCAAGUCCGAGACCAGGAGAAUGUGAGAGUCCUUUGAUGACAUGGGGUCAAAUCGAAGGGACUCCCUUUCGUUUGGACGGUGGUGACACUCCACUGCUUAGAACGAGUCAAGGUCCUUCUUUUAGGAUGGCAGAACCACCGAAAAGAGAGAAGUUAGCAUUACAGUUGGCCGAAAAAGCUGGUGAAAGGCACAGAGAUCGAAAGAAUAAAUCAGUGAAAAGUUUAUAAAAAUUCAUAAAAUAUCCUAUUCUUUUCAGGCCAUCACCAAGAUCUACUAUGGAUCGUUUAAGCACAAUGUCUCCUGCGGCAAGAAGAUUGGCAACUCAAAAAUUGCGAAUCUCAGCCACACCAUCGCCACGGCGAACACCAGCGUCGAGGACUCCGCCCAUAGGCGUCAGGACACUCGGCACACCGCGUACGAAUACGCCAGCUAAGCGAGCAGCUUCGCAGAAAGUAGAUAUCAGUGCUGCACGGAUACAAGGACCAGUACUCACAGAUAAUUUGCUCAAUCUACCUCCUCAACGGCAACGAGCAUCGGACUUCUUCAACAAAUAAAAGCUACCAUGUUCGAGAAACAUAUAAAAUAUCUCGUGUAACUUUAAUAAUAUUGUAUAAUAAAUAUCAUAGUAUAU